UCCAUGAAUCGCCAGGCGCUCGAGGAGGAGCUGACGGUUCAGGAGGUGAUUCUCGACUCGCUGCGGGACGAGACUGCCGAGGAUGUCGAGGUGCAGCGUGACGAGGCGCGGAGGGAGAUUGUGAGGCUGAAGAGGGCGCUGAGGAGUCUUUCCAAGGGUGCCGGCGGCGCUGAUGAGGGUCAAAGCCGAGCAAGGACACCGGCUUCUGCUGGAGCCUCAAGGUCGCAUCGUCCCUCUGCCGUGAUGGAUACCCCGCGACAGCUGCGGCCUGCUGAGGAUGGAGGCAGCCCCUCGCUGGUGAUGCUGGGUCGAAAGCGAAAUUAUGAUUCAACUAAUCUGAGUGCUGGACGUGAGUCGAGUAAGUCUCGGCGGACUACGCCGUCGCCGUUUGGUGGUUUCUCAGGACAAUUUGACCCUCCAUCUGACGGCGAAGUCGAGAUUAUUGAUCUAACUGGGGCUGAUGUUGAUGCCGACUCGACACGGAUCGCGGAACAAUAUAGACAAGCUGAGCGGCACCGGCAAGAAAAGGCGGAUAGAGAGAUGGCUCUCCUUCUGUCAAGUCAAGACUCGCAGCCUUCGUCUCGGAAUGCUUCUGGGCCUUCUCGAAGCUCAGGUCCCCAGCAGCCUUCCGCCUUUUCUAAGAUUAUGGCGUCUCAACGCUCUAACGCGCCCGAAGCCCCUAUCGAAAUCAACUCCGAUGAUGAGUUUGAGGGCUUUAUGCCUAGUGCUGGACCUAAUGAUGCGUCAGUAUCUUGGAAUUCAAUCAUUUCCACACCUGCCUCGAACCCGUCAUUUGGACAUGGUCAGUUCUCGGGCCUCUCAGGGCAGCAACAACUCCAGGGGUUCAGCAACCCCCCUACCCCUGUUGGUAAUGGGUUUGGACCUGGAUCUUUCGGAGCUGUAAGCCAAUCGUUCCCAGGCACGCCUUUUGUUAGGAAUCAUCAGGCGACGUCUCAGUAUGUGCAAAUGCCUGGAGCAUAUCCCAGACCCCCUAUGCGGCCGGUCCUCCCAAGCAAUGGGAGCUUCACGCCCUUGUCGGAUAUCAUCAACAGAACCAGCAUGUUUGACUAUGCCAACCGUCUCGAUGAACAUGGCAACCCGUUUUCUGGCCAGCUAAUGGAUUAUCUCAACGACACAUUCCAUGAUCCUAGAGUAACGGAACAGGAGUUGGAUGAUUUGUUGCAAAAUAUCCGUCCGGACAUGGAGAUUCCGGAAGGAAAGCGAGAUGGAACUCCAGAGGGCCUUAAGCACGCCCUGUACCCGCAUCAAACGCUGGCACUCACGUGGAUGAAGCAGAUGGAGACGGGGACUAAUAAAGGUGGUAUUCUGGCUGACGAUAUGGGUCUUGGAAAAACUAUAUCGACAUUAGCUCUCAUAUUGUCACGCCCGGCCCAAUCUCGCCCCAAAACAAACUUAAUCAUAGGCCCACUGGCCUUGAUUCGUCAAUGGGAAGAGGAGAUUUAUAAGAAAAUUAAACCCUCGCAUCGGUUGUCCGUGUUUGUAUACCAUAACAAAAAAGCCACGGCCGACGAUUUGCUCGGGUUUGACGUCGUCUUGACCACUUAUGGCACCAUAGCCCAAGAGCUGAAACGCCUUGACAAGUUUAUGGAGGAGAAUGCAAACCGCAACAUCGACUUUAAUGAUAGAGCCAAUUCAGCAAAGUUUCCACUAUUGAACCCGAGAAAGUCUAGAUUCUACCGCGUCAUCCUCGAUGAGGCACAAUGCAUCAAAAAUCACACUACCAAGACCGCCAAAGCCUGUCACAAGCUCAUCGCCACCCAUAGAUGGUGCCUCACGGGAACUCCCAUGAUGAAUGGCGUUCUUGAGCUUUACUCCUUACUCUGUUUCCUUCGGAUAAAGCCAUAUUGUAUCUGGGACCAAUUUCGUAGAAGUUUUGGUGUGCUCUUUGGCCGAAAUGGCGAUCCAAAAAGUGUCGCCAUGAGCAGGCUCCGUGCUCUCCUCAAAGCGAUUAUGCUUCGUCGCAAAAAGGACUCUAAGUUAGAUGGGAAACCGAUUCUAAGACUGCCUAAGAAGUUGGAAGAAGUUGUGUAUGCUGAGCUCUCGGGAGACGAGCGAGACUUUUACAAUCAACUUGAAAAGAAGUCCCAAGUACAGUUCAGCAAAUAUCUUCGCGAAGGCAGUGUUGGGAAGAAUUACUCCAGUAUUCUGGUUCUCCUGCUUCGACUGCGUCAAGCAUGCUGUCACCCCCACCUCAACCUAGAUGUGGAUGACGUUGCUCCAAUCUCUAGUGAAGAGAUGCUUGAGUUGGUCAGGAAGCUGGAUGCGUCUAUUGUAGCGAGGAUCAAGGAGGCCGACGCCUUUGAGUGCCCUAUAUGUUACGAUGCUGUCCAAUCACCAACAUUUUACACACCUUGUGGGCAUGACAGCUGCAAACAGUGCCUGGCCCAGUUGGUGGAUAGUGCAGCGGCCAUGAAUCUUCAGCAGGGCAAUGAUACCAACACGGCAACGGCUAAGUGCCCUGUGUGUCGUGGUCGCUUCGAUCCUAGGCAGUGCUUCACCUAUGAAGCAUUUCAACAGAUUCAUAUGCCAGAAUCUAUCAAGGCAUCUACUUCUGAAGGAGAGGAGAGCGAAAGCUCUACUGAAGAUGAAGAUGAAGAUGACUUUGACGAAGAUGAUGAAGUAGAUCGCUAUGGUGAUUUGAAAGACUUCAUUGUGCGGGACGGCGUUGAGAGUGGUUCAGAGUUGGGGGAGCAAGACCAAAUAAAGAAGGAGAAGAAGAAAAAGAAGAGAAAAGACAAGAAGAAGGCCGAUAUCAGGCCUUCUAUGCUGAAGGCUCUUCGACAAGAUGCGUCCAAGAAUAAAGCUGCUUUCAAGAAGUACAUGAGCUAUUUGCGAAAAACUUGGCUACCUGCCGCCAAGGUGUCAGAGUGCAUGAAUCUAUUGAAGGAAAUUCACGCGACUGGCGAAAAGACGAUUGUGUUUUCUCAGUGGACCCUUUUAUUGGAUCUGCUCGAAGUGGCCGCGUGGCAUGACGACUAUCCAGGCAAGGUGAGGAGAUAUGACGGAAGUAUGUCUGCAGAGCAGCGAUUUAACGCGGCAAGAGACUUUCGCGAUAAGAGCGACGUCAAGGUCAUGCUGGUGUCUCUGCGAGCGGGAAAUGCCGGACUCAACCUCACCGCGGCGUCUCGCGUCGUCAUUAUGGAUCCUUUUUGGAAUCCGUACAUCGAGAUGCAAGCCGUUGAUCGUGCGUACCGUAUCGGCCAGAUGCGAGAAGUCAAGGUGUACCGGAUUUUAACCAAGGAAACCGUUGAGGACCGCAUCGUCGAGCUUCAGGAGCGGAAGAAGGAAAUGGUAGAAGCGGCACUGGAUGAAGCUGAAAGUUCAAAGAUUGGACGACUAGGCGUGAACGAACUCAAGUUCCUUUUU